AUGCCGCACAAGAUUGAGCCUGCCAGGGUCGGUGCCUGGGACGCUGAAUUCCUGUCGAAAGACGGCGACGAUUGCAUUGUCGACUCUGUCCAGGCUACAUCCAUUGCCGCCAGUCUGAGACCAGGGGCGGGUAUUCAUCGCUUCGACUCCAUCAAAGUCUUUUCGGAAGGAGGCAGGACGAUGUCAACGUGCAAAGUUCCUACUACACCCUCAGUCGACGCGGCUCUUUCAUUGUUGUGGAGCACAGCACUGUCAAAACCCGGCAAAAGUGUUACGAAGUUCUUGCUUCCUCCAGGCGAUGGCUACAUUGUCAGGAGUGACCUCAUGGACUUUUCUCUGAAGCUAUGUCCGGCGUUCACUACAGUCCAAGGCUUCGUCCAGCCUGCACAACAAAUCACGGGAGCUCGACUCGCAGAGGGAGAAAAGAGACCGCGGAAACUACUUCGAUCAAGUGUUGGAGUAGCCACUGUGGCAGACGACGCGGAUCCUCAGGCUGCGCAGAACGAGUUCCAGGCCCGUCUGUCCUGGCCAUGGACUAUUCUCACUCCCAUCAAACACACCCGCAUAGCUCUCAUUGAAGAGUCGCGCAGGGAGGUCUUCUGUAAAGAGUUCUAUACUGCAGCCCGAGCAAUGGCGAUCUCAGUGGUCAUACUGGACGAACCAGGGCAUUGGGCUGAAGACGACAAUGGAUCUGGUGCAAAGUAUCGUGAGCAUUUCGUGCCAUUCGUCAGAGGUGGUUGCCCAGUCGACGAGCUACCUGGCCGCAUCGUGGACACCAUCCGUGGCCUGCCGUACAAGAUUGACGGUGUUAUGGCAUUGUAUGACAUGCUUAUGCCUGCAGUUGCUCAGGCCGCGGAAACGCUCGGCCUACCGACACUAGGAAGUGCGGCAUACCUUGCCAGUACCGACAAGUACGAGACGCGAAAGCUGGCUCCAGUAUCUACUGUCAUGAAAGUGGAAAGCCUCGACGAUCUGGAGUCACAGCUGAAGACUCUGUCGCAACCUCUACAGUAUCCGCUCAUCGUGAAGCCGACUCGAAGCCAUGCAGCAAGAGGGGUGGAGCGUGUCAACAAGGAAGAAGAUCUCCGUGAGGCGCUGCGAAACUCGUUCGCAUGUCAGUCCCAGGAGCACGACAGGGUGGGCGUCAGCUUCGACACAUCGUCAGUUAUUGUGGAGACAUAUUGCGAUGGGCCAGAGGUAGAUGUCAACAUGAUGCUCUGGAAUGGCGAAGUACUACAUGCAGAAGUCGUCGACAAUUUCCAAAAGCAUGGCGAGGCUGUGACGCAGAGCUUCGGCAGCUUUGGCUCGUCUAGCCCCUCGGCUUUGCCAGAGGAUGAGGUCGAGAUGCUCAAGCGCGACAUGGCGGAUAUCGUGCGGAGGCUGGGUCUUCACAGCGGAGUGAUCCAUGCUGAAGCAAGAGUCCACAACUCAGCGUACAAGAUCUCCGAGGACAAGAUCGGCGUUCGACCACGAAAAGAGCCAAAAGUCGGACCUAGCGGGACGUUCUUACUCGAAGUCAAUCCGCGCUUCGCAGGCUGGUUCGAAGCCGUGCUGUCCAGCUACGUCUUCGGCAUCGACUACUUCGCCGGCUACCUCAUGCAAUGCAUUGGCGACGAGGCACGUUUCAGAGCUCUUGCACAUGGAUUUGGCAAUGCUCCUACCUAUCACUACACCUGGCUGCCACAAAAGAUCGAGACGGAUGGCAGUGGUAUCAUGCCAAACGAACUCGGCCUGGAGGCUUUGGGCAUCGCUGAUACAUAUGCGACACAUCGGUACUUCUGGAAGCCUGGUGAUGUUGUACCUCCGAGGAACAAGAGACCUGCUCCGGGCGCAGGCUUUAUGAUGUUGAGGUCGGAUGUCAGCGCUCAAGAUGCUUGGCGAACUUGGGCGAAGGCUCGACAGGGCCUUGAGAUCCAUCUUGAGUAA